AUGACGAAAAUCCAGGUGAAAAACCCCAUUGUCGAGAUGGACGGCGACGAGCAGACGCGAAUCAUCUGGCACUUGAUUCGUGAAAAAUUGAUUUUGCCCUUUUUGAACGUGGACCUCAAGUACUACGACCUGUCCAUUACGUACCGAGACGCUACCGACGACCAAGUCACGAAAGACUCGGCACUUGCGACUUUAAGAUACGGUGUGGCGGUCAAAUGUGCUACGAUUACGCCCGACGAGGCGCGGGUCGCAGAAUUCAACUUGAAAAAAAUGUACAAGUCUCCCAACGGUACCAUACGCAACAUCCUGGGCGGUACCGUGUUCCGGGAACCCAUUGUGAUCCCAACAAUCCCCCGGCUCGUGACCAAGUGGGAAAACCCCAUUGUGAUUGGCAGACACGCGUUUGGGGACCAGUAUAGGGCUACUGACAUGGUCGUGCCCGGCGAAGGCGAGCUGCGGCUCGUUUACACUCCCAAGGACCCAUCUGUCCCGGCCCAGGACGUCAAGGUGUUUGAAUACGGGCCUGAUGGCGGAGUGGCGCUUGCCAUGUACAACACGACUGCGUCGAUCACAGGGUUUGCGCGCGCGAGUUUCGAGCACGCACUCCAGCGCAAAAUGCCGCUGUACUCGACUACCAAAAACACGAUUUUGAAGAAGUACGAUGGCAAGUUUAAGGACGUUUUCGAGAGCAUGUACGCGACCGACUACAAGGACAAAUUUGAGGCGCUUGGUAUCUGGUACGAGCACAGGCUCAUUGACGACAUGGUCGCGCAGAUGCUCAAAUCUAAUGGCGGGUUUAUCAUUGCUAUGAAAAACUACGACGGCGACGUUGAGUCCGAUAUCGUCGCGCAAGGGUUCGGGUCUCUGGGGCUAAUGACCUCCGUGCUGAUGACACCCGACGGAAAGACGUUUGAGAGCGAGGCGGCACACGGUACGGUCACAAGGCAUUUCCGGCAACAUCAGCAGGGCAAAGAAACCUCCACCAACUCAAUUGCGUCGAUUUUCGCCUGGACUAGAGGCAUCAUGCAGCGCGGUAAGCUGGACGGCACACCCGAAGUGGUCCAGUUUGCACAAUUGCUUGAGUCUGCUACCAUUGACGUGGUUGACAAAGAAAAGAUUAUGACCAAAGAUCUGGCAUUGUUGUUGGGCAAAACCGAUCGGUCCAGCUACGUUACAACAGAAGAGUUUAUAUCUGCGGUUGAGCGUAGGCUUAGUAAUGCUUUACAAGCGUAA